AUGCGUUCGUUCAGCUUAGCGGGGUUUGCCCUGCUUCUUGACCAAGUGCAUUGCCACAUCAACUCGCUUGCUGUUCCAAAGCCACUCGAAAAUAGCAGCCCUGUCUCGAGAGACUUUCAAUCAUUUUCUAUUGAAUUUGCUUUUUUCCCUGAUUAUGCUGGAAACCAGUCGCAUCCUAAUAAAUUCUCCAAAAACUUGCUCGGUAACUUCAAAAGCAUUACAGGGGUGCUUCCCAAAGUGAGAGUUGGAGGAACUACUCAGGAUAAAGCAAAUUACUUUCCUGAUCAAGAAGAGGGUAUUAAACUCAUCUUCGAGAAACCGACGGACGACCAGCCAGACCAGAUUAACUACGGCCCAGCAUUCUUCGAAUCAUAUCACACACUAGGCAAUAUACAUUUCUUCCAUGGCUUAAACAUGAACCAAAAUAGCUCCAUGGCGCAGCUUACAGAAGCAGCCGUUGUGGCAUGCCAGUCAAUUGGUCCUCAGCUAGAGCUAUACGAGCUGGGCAACGAAUGGAACUAUGCGUCUGAGAACUACAGAUCUGGAAACUACUCAGAGCUAGAUUAUGUUCAAGAAUGGAACCGGAAGACCUCUCUUGUUCAGGCUGCAGUCCAGAAAGCUUGUCCUGGGCCGAUUCCAGGAUUUAUGGCGCCUAGCUUUAUUCUGAUGGAUGAGACUGAUUCCAGCGGGUGGACGGCGGAAGAACUGUACAAACUUGGAUACGAUCCUAAGUUCUUGACACGGGAGCUUUCGUUCCACAACUAUAUGGGUGCGAACGCGCCAUCCAACCCUCCUGCAGCACUACAGCUUCAAGAAACUUUGAUGAACCACACAAACAUUGUCAGCAAUCUAGCCGCACAAAUCGAACGAUCUCAUAAUCUCGCCUAUCUCGGCCAUCCUUACACUCUUGGGGAGCUGAACUCAAUGGCAAACCAGGGCAUAAACGGUGUCACUGACGUCUUCGGCGACGCAUUAUGGCUCGUCGACUUCUCCCUCUGGGCUGUAGCACACAAUUUUGAACGCCUCCACUUUCACCAAGGACUAAACUACCGCUACGCCUCAUGGCAACCUAUCGUGAGCGAAGGCGAGCUACCAGCCACCAGACCCCCAUAUUACGGUCAAAUCAUGGUGGCGAGCGCUAUAGGUCACGCAGAAAAUGCUCACAUCGUUAAUAUCCCUCUUUCAGAAGAUGCGGAAGCAGCCUACGCUGUUUAUAAUGGGGAAAAGUUGAGCAAACUCGUGGCUGUGAACAUGCGGGCUCACAAUGCGACGACCACAGGGAGUCGUCCGAGUCGGGAGUACAAAUUCAAAGUUGCGGGUGAUUGUCAUGCUAAGGUUGAGAGACUGAUCGCACCUGGGUGUGAUUCAUUAGAGGGCGUCACUUUUGGAGGUGUCUCUUAUGAUUAUUCGCUGCUGGGUGGUAUGCCUGUUGUUAUUGAUAAGAGGGAAGAGACCUUGAGCGCUAAGUCUGGGGUUUUGAGUGUUGACGUGCCUGACUCUUCCGCUGUCCUUGUGUCGUUUUUUUGA